AUGGGAGAGAAUCCAAGAGUAGCUUUGAAGGAGUUGGGAAUUCUCGGUGCUUAUAGGUUUGAGAGUGGCAUUGCUCCACCUACAACACCGGUGAACGAUUUUGAAAUUAGACCGGCCAUGAUUACUUUGAUAGAAAGGAGGCAAUUUAGUGGAGCCAAGAGUGAGAGCCCGUUGAAUCACCUAAAGGAAUUUGAGAAGUAUUGUAAUACUAUCAAGGUGAAUGACAUUUCUCAAGAGUUCAUUCGGCUAAAGUUGUUUCCCUUUUCUCUUAUAGGUCGUGCCUUAGAGUGGUUGGAUAAAGAGGUUAAGCCAAAUUCCCUUAGGACGUGGGAUGAAGUCACAAAAGCUCUCUUGUCUCGCUUUUACCCACAAAAGAAGACGGCGGAGGCUAGAGCCUUGAUCCAAGGAUUCAAACAACGGCCUAAUGAGAAUCUCUAUGAAGCAUGGGAGAGGUACAAGGAGUACCAAAGAGAGUGUCCACAUCAUGGAAUUCCUACCUAUCAAGUGAUACAAAUUUUCUAUAGAGGUUUGAGUGCUCAAGGGAAGGAAGUGACGUCGAUCAAAGAAAAGCUUGAAAGUGUUUCUACAAAUUCAUUGAGUCUUCCCUCCCAAUCCAAAGGGAGAGGUACACUUUCUAACUCUUCUCCUUCUACUUCCAAUAACAUGCCAUGUGGUUGUCUAUUUUGUGAUUCUUGUGGAUCUUAUGAUCAUGAUUCUUCCAUGUGUUCUCAAUAUUUUGUUGAUGGGUGUGAUGAUGUUGAAAUUAAUGAAUGUGAACAUGUGAACUUUGUGUCUAAUUCCAAUGGUGGUGAAAGAAGUGGGAGAGUUCUUAAUGAGGAAGCUUCUAGGUCCAUUGAGGAGGAUGAGGGGAGUUACCCAAGAGUGGAAGAUGAGAAGGUUGUGUCUAAGAGUGUGAGUUAUGAGGAGGUGCAAGAGAAAAAGAGGAGUAGUGAGAAAGAGCGUGAGGAAGUGUGGAGACCCGACCUUCCAUACCCACAAAAAUUCUUGAGGCACAAAAUUGAUGAGCAAUUUGGAAAGUUUAUUGUUAUGCUCAAGGAAGUUCACCUUUCUAUCCCCUUCACCGAUGCAAUUACCCAAAUGCCUAGGUACUCUAAGUUCCUUAAGGAGAUUUUGAGUGGGAAGAGAAUGUGUAAUGAAGUUGAUUUGGUUGAAGUUGGGAGUUGUUGUAGUUCUUUCAUUCAUAAUGAGUUGCCCAAGAAGAUGGAGGAUCCGGGAAAUUUCUCUAUUCUAUGUGAGAUCAAAGGGAAAAUGUUUAAUAAUGCUUUUUGUGAUCUUGGAGCUAGUGUGAGCGUCAUGCCUUAUUCCAUUUUCAAGAAACUCAAGUUAGGUGAGCUCCUCCCAUCUAACAUAACCCUUCAAUUAGCCGAUCAGACUAUUAUGAUUCCAAAGGAGAGAGUUGAGGAUGUUCAUCUUAAGAUAGGAGGGUUCACUAUUCCCGUGGAUUUCAUUGUGCUUGAGAUUGCGGAAGAUGACCAUAUCCCUAUCAUUUUAGGAAGACCUUUCUUAGCCACUUCGGGAGCCUUAAUAGAUGUGAAAGGAGGUCGUAUUACCUUGAGAGUUGGUAAGAAAGAGGAAAGCUUUGAUUUGAAACCAAUGCAUGAGUCUUUGUCUCUUGUGCAAGGAAUUAUGUGUGCUAAUUCCCCUCGCUCUAUUGAUAAUGUGUGCAUGAUUAAUUCUUCAACUAACGAUGUUCUUGAGAAUUGUGAUGAUGUUCUUUCAAGUUUUGAUGGCAAGAAGGUUAGUGAAGAGAAAAUGAUGAUUCCCAAGCUUAAGGACGAGGAGGAAGUUGAAAUCCCUCAUUGGUUUGAGCUCUAUCCUCAAGAUGGAGGGGAUAUUUCCAUGAGUAUUAAUGGUGAGGAACCAUCUACAAUAAACAACAAGCCAAAGAAAAAAGCUUGUGAUUCUAAGAAGAAGAGAGAGAGAAAGAAGUUACGGAAAGAAAAAUUUGCAAUUGAAAAGUCUUUGAAGGAAGUUUCAUCAAGCAACAACAAGGGGUUGCUAGAAGUUUAA